ACUGUUGCCUAGCAACAGAACACAAACUAUCUAUUCAGACGGUUAGCUGCUAACUUUCCUGAGCCAUAAAUACAGUUUGUGAGGAUGAGUGCUGGACGAGCAUCUGAGGGCGCCGGCUGCAUCACCUGGUGGGGUUUUAGUCCUGCGCGUGACCUGCUGAGCACAGGCCCUGUGAGACAUAAAGGGGAGUUCAAUGUUUUACUGGUUGGCAGCGGAGAUCCACGACAUAUUUUGAAGACCAUCGCUGGUUUGCAGAAUGAUGAACGCCUUCAUGUGUGGGUGAUAGAAAACAGCAUGGAGGUGGUGGCCAGGCAGCUGCUGCUCCUCUACCUGGCACUGAUGCCCCAGGAAAGCAUGGGACUUCAUGAGAAGACAGAGGUUUACCUGGAGGUGUUUGGGAAUGGUGAGAUCCGCAGUCAAACAGAGGAAAUAUUGAAACAUGCAGCAUCACAGCUCUCACUGUGUGUUACUGAAACAAUGGAGACAGCUGCACACCCCUGUCUGAACACAACUCUUCUCAAGUUCAAGGAGCGAGACGAGCUGGCCAGAAUAUUGAAAUUGUGGAUCCAGCCUCAGUCUUCCUUAUCUUCAUCUGAGAGUCCUCCUCCUAUCCUCAUGUCCAAAGCCUGGGAUUAUCGGGUCAGGCAGCACCUGGGAACUCGCUACGACUCCAAGAGAGGCUGCUUCGACUGGGACCUUACAAUGAAACUGCACGAGAAAGGGUGUGGUGUCAUCAAUAAACAACAAUAUGUGCAAUGGAGGGAACGGGGUUUGGCGUUCGAAAUGAGGGAAGGUGUCUACCAAAUAACCAAUCCAAGUUUGCUCUCAUCUAGAGUGUUCAGUCAGAGAGGGAACAAAAUGUCUGUGAGGGGUUACUGGGGAGACAUAGUAUCCAGUCCUUACCUCUCCUUUGGCAUUGAAACUGAUGACAAGAGCCUGCUGAAGACACAGAAUGGGCAACAUACCAAGACAGCCCAGGAUAUCUCCUUUUCAAAUGUGCAGGCAUUGUUCCAGUCGCUGUCCAGCAGACGGGGCUGCCCCUCUACUUCUCACUCAGGCACAGAGGGAGAAGAGCCAUCAGCACAGACUGACCAAAAAUCAGUCACCGUUAACGAUCUGAUGCGUCUAAACGGGGUCUCUGUGACCUUCCUGCCUGUGGACGCACUUUACAAAUUGCCAGAAAAACAGAAAUACUCCCACUUCUUCAACACUAUUCACUUCUCUGUCAGCUGCGUGCACCAGUUGGGCCCGACGAUGAGACAGAUUGCAGCACCAGACGCUGUGGUUGUCAUGGAGUUGGCCAAGUACAUUUUGGAUCUGAACAAAGAGCAAGAGGCAGGCUUUGCGAAGAAAGUGGCGAGCAUCGCUGCAGAGGCUGGAUUUGAACCAUGGCACGAGGGGAAGAGCGAUGGCGCCCACAGUGUUUUCAAACCACAGAAGAAGUAACAGCUGCUUACUCU